AUGCUCCUCUCCGAUGCCAAUAGGCUCUACCUCCGUCGCAUCGUUCGCUGGCGAUACGUGCGUCUGCUGCUACUCAUCUUUGUUCUCUUCAACAUCUUCGACGUUCUGCGCAUCCAUCACCACCUUGUCGCAAACGACAGCCUCGUCCAUGGCCGGAGAGGCGCCACGGCGGCAGGGCCGUCGCGCCCGCACGAGCGCGUGUAUAUUGCGAGCAUGCACUUCAACAACGGGCAGAUUCUACGAGAGCAUUGGAACAAUGCGGUGAUACGCCUGACGGAGACGUUUGGGCCCAAAAACGUCUUCGUGAGCAUCUUUGAGAGCGGCAGCUGGGACGACAGCAAGGAGGUGCUGCGUCAAUUGACGGCCGAGCUCGAGAGCAGAGGCGUACCUCACCGAAUCGACACGUCGGACGUGACACACCACGACGAGCUCGCGCGAAGUGAUGCGGAAAAGGGCGAUGGCUGGAUUGACACGCCGCGGGGCAAGAAGGAGCUGCGGAGAAUACCGUAUCUGGCGCGGCUGCGCAAUCGGACCAUCAAGGAUCUGCUGGACCUGCACGAGAAGGGUGUCGACUUCGACAAGGUGCUCUUCCUCAACGACGUCGUCUUCUCCACCGAAGACGUGCUCGAGCUCAUGGACACCAACGGGGGCGAGUACGGGGCUGCCUGCAGCCUCGACUUCUCCAAGCCGCCGCUCUACUACGAUACUUUUGCGCUGAGGGACAUUGAGGGCAAGCCGCACGUCAUGCAGACGUGGCCGUAUUUUGGAGCGAGGGUUUCUCGCAGCGCCUUGGUCAACAACAUGGACGCUGUCCCCGUUACGAGCUGCUGGAAUGGCAUCGUCGUCAUGCCAGCGGAGCCGUUUGUCUCGUCGACACGCCUCCGCUUCCGGGGCAUCCCCGACUCACUUGCCCUGCACCAUCUGGAGGGCUCCGAGUGCUGCCUCAUCCACGCCGACAACCCCCUGUCGCGCACCCUGGGCGUCUACCUCAACCCGCGGGUGCGUGUCGGCUACAACCUCGCCGCGUACGAGGCGACACAUCCGACCGGUGCCGCUUGGGUCUCGACGUGGGACAUCUUCAAGGGCAUGUGGCGAAACAGGAUCAAGCGCUGGACCACCGUCACGUUUGAAGGCCUCGUCAGGGCGCGCAGACUUCGCGCGUGGGAGGCGGAGAAGCACGGCAACAAGGAGCCCGGGGACUUUUGUCUCAUCAACGAGAUGCAGGUCCUUGUUGACAACGGGUGGGCACACGUAUAA